AUGCGCCAUCGCAAAGACGGCCAGGCGCAAUGCGCUUUAGCAGGUAACUACCUAAAAUGUACUUCACCUCUAUGUUAUCAGGGUGCAAAAUGCAAGUGCCUCCACGGCACCUGCGGCUCCCACUGCUCGCGUCCCUGCGAGACCCCCGAAUGCUCGUGCGGAGAGCGAGGGGCAUGCCAGUUCGACGAGACGGGUGCCAUAUUGUGUGUUAACUGCACAGAGAAUCGCGCAGGUCCUCUUUGCGACCGAUGUCUGACUGGCUUCUACAAUGCCGUUCCUGAUGGUCCUUGUUUACCGUGCGAGUGUGACCCUGAUGGCUCUGACGGCACCUGCACCUACAGCAAGCACCAAAAGACCUGCAACUGCUUUCUCGGCUUCACCGGCCCUCUCUGCGACGCGUGCGCUGAUGAGAACGCGGUGUUCCCUUACUGCUUGGUCACGGAGCUGACCACGAGCGUCCCUGAGUGCAAGUGCGACGUCCGCGGCGUGGUGAAUCCCGAAAAAGUGUGCGAAGAUAUUUGUGAAUGCAAGGAGAACGUGGUAGGUGAGCGAUGCGACGCUUGCGCGCCGGGCCAUUUCGGAUUGCGCGCGGAUCUGCCUGAAGGAUGUCGUCCUUGCUACUGCGCACACGUUACUGACUCAUGCGUCGAAGAUCCACAACCUGGUGACAAUAUGGUGUUUCCACUGGGAGAAGCGUGGCUUGUAAGCGACGCAGAGGCGAACGAGACUAUAGAGCCAUCUGUGGAGAACGGGAAACCCUUUCUUAUCAGCUCUUAUGAGGUAGAACUUUGGGAAUCCUUCUAUUGGUUGACAACAGUGUUUAAAGGGGAACAACUAUCGUCAUAUGGUGCUGAAAUCCGGGCUGCAUUAUUCUUCGGCGUGGUGCGAGGCGACACCGGUGGGAAUCCCACUACCGCGCCUGAUGCUAUACUUAUUGGUGCUGAUGGAACAAAGCUAUACUUCAGCAACAGAACCCACGAGACCCCAGGAGAGCUGGUGCUGAACCUGCCACUGUUCGAAGGCCACUGGUUUACCAGCGAAGGACCCGUGUCGAGGACGCAGUUCAUGGACGUCCUGAGUGAUCUUAAGGCGAUCAUGAUUAGGGGGCAUUUUCAUAUGGAUCAGGAUGAGGUGUGUAAAACACUGGUUUAAACUUUUACGAUUUUUACAAAUUAUCAUUUACUUAAACGAAAUCAUUAAGGCUACACCCGACGCCAACGACCUCGCGCAAGUUGACGGAGCUUAUACCCCUCACCGCACCACCCGCUGCAAAAUAUCGAGUGCGCAGAGCUCUGCGGUUGAAAUAGAAUCUCGAUAGCUCGUGCGCGCAACGCGGCACAGGUCCGUCUAGCAACACGACUGGCCCCGCACUGACUAUACGGACGAGAGCGGGGUAAUGUUAGGAACCUAGGCGGAAUUUAUAUUUUUUUAGGAAUUUGGGCAUAGUUUUAUGAAUUUGCAAAAAACAAGAAAACCAAAUCAUUUUAUAGUGUUUUGUGAGAAAUAUUGUAAAGCCUCGUACAUGUUCGAUAAAAGUUGCAGUAGUAAUAAGGAUUACAAUUAAAAGAAAGAGGGGAGGAAGGACUACAAGUUUUUUUUUCUUUACUUAAUUAAAUGAAAAUAGAUAUCCAGAAAAAUCAUAUCAUUGCUGAUAUCUUGUAUAUUGUUUUUUUUUUCUGCUCGGAAUGUGUCAUAUAAAAAAUGGUUCAAAGUAACUUACUUUGACGGUAUUUUGCGGGAGGAAGAACCGUAACUGCAAUAGAUGAAUAGUAAUCAAGUCCUCCAGUGGCUGAGGUCGGAAUCGAACCGGCACGAGUCGAGUCAAGUACUAUACGAAAGUGACCGGAAGACUGUUGCUAACUAUAUCGUA